GAAAAACAUAAGAUACGAAGGAAAGGCAGAGUGAGUAGUUAUAAAAGUUUUGUUUUCGAGUUCACGAUUGCACUUUAAAAAUUCACCAACAUGUUGAUUAAAGUAAAGACUCUGACCGGAAAAGAAAUCGAAAUCGACAUUGAACCUACAGACAAGGUAGAUCGAAUUAAAGAGCGGGUCGAAGAGAAAGAAGGUAUUCCACCACAGCAGCAGCGGUUGAUUUUCUCCGGUAAACAGAUGAACGACGACAAAACUGCACAGGACUAUAAAGUGCAAGGAGGUUCCGUAUUGCAUUUGGUCCUUGCGUUACGUGGUGGGGGAAAUUAGCUGCAAAGAUAUGCGGCAUCUUACGGAGCGACACUAGGCCCUUCUCUAUUCGGUUUAUUAUAAAUUAUAGAUUUGAUUUUAUGCCAGAAAAUAAAUAUUCGAGAUAAUCAAU